ACACCGCUUACGUACUUCCUGGAUACCGUUGCUUUGUUUACCUUUCGUGUUUGAUAGUGGGAUAUAAAUCGUCUAUCAAAACCGUCUAUUGGACGUCAACAAGCUGCAAACAUGACGGAGGUUGGAAGCAUUUAUAACCUCAUCCCACAAGAAGAGGUUAAGGCACAAAAACAGCCGAGGUACAUAUCAAAGUUCAAGGAGCCUGUAAAGACUGAAUAUGUAUCAAACAAAGCUGACCAUCGAACCAUGGGCCAAGCUAAAGUUCCAGUUCCAACAACAGACAACUUUCUGAAGAAGCAUUCCAAGGAACCAGUUCUACCUAACAAAAACGAGUUUCAUUACCCCGAUGAAGAAAGACGAAGACCCAAAGUACCAGAGAAGGAGGACCCUCCACUGAUGGGCCUUAAGACUACAAAGAACUUUCUCACCACAAAUGCUGUGCAAAACAUAACAUCAGUACCUAAAAAACCCGAGAAAAUCUAUGUGGAUACACGAAAGGGUGACAAAAACUAUCUAGAACCAUCUGGGCUUGAACCAGUCUUCAUUCACAAAAAGGAAUAUGGAUCAGCACCCAAGUAUUUGGUUAGAAGAAAGGAAGAAAUGCAGAAAGCUCAGGAGGAAUACAAUGCCUACGUGGCAGAGCAUUUCAGACGUGGGGCCAUGCAGCAGAUUUCAGACUCCGAGAGGCAGUCAAUCUUGAACGGGCUCAAGAAAAACUGGGAGGAGAUUCAUGAUCAGUAUCAAGGUCUGUCAGUGGUGACCGAUACGGCGCCCAAGAAGAACAGAAAAGAGCGAAUGGAAGCCGAAAUGAAGCAGUUGGAAAGGGACAUUGAAACCAUUGAAAGGCACAAAGUGAUAUAUAUUGCUAACUAAGGCUCUUGAAUCUCUGAUGAAAUAACUGAAAAUUAUUAAUACCAGUAAAAAAUAUUAUAUUGCUUUGUUACCAAGAAAGUUUCUGAUAAUCAACACUGUGAAAACAGUCAGUAAAGUGUUAUUUGAUUUCAUAAAUACUGUAUAUAGCUUUCAUUUUUAGUUUUGUUUUUUAUUUCAAUUAUCUGAGUAUGUUCUCGAUGAAUUGUAGGACAGUAAUCUAACAUGUCAUAUUGUUUUUCUGGUGUUUUUUGCUAUUGAACAGAAAACAACGUAUUUGUUAAUAUUAUUCCACUCAGUAAAAGAUGUAAACAAAAUAUAAUAGGAACUUUCAGCAAGUCUAAUUGUCACGAGUCUAUUAAAAAGGUAGACAGUUCAUGGUGAAAUAAGAAUCCAAUCAUUCUAAAAGCACUUUGCAUAGUUGCUUUUUAAUAAUUCUUUAUCAAAAAAUCACAUGAACAGUUGCCACUGUAACAAUAGUGUAUAAACAACUUGUUAAAAUUCAGUUCCUUCUAUUCUUUAUUAAUUCAGUUUGUGAAUAUUUAUAGACUUAUGUAUUGAAAUAGAUCUAUAUUUUCAAAAAUAUAUGAAAACACAAGGAAAA